AACGGGACGAAGUUGGCGGUGGAUAAGCCGAUGCAUAAGGGGCAGAGAAUGUCGGGACGAAAGACCGGUGAAGAGAAGCUCGAGUGCGUAAGGGAGGGUAAAAACUGAUCUAUCCGGCUGCGUCAGUGACCGUGAUCUGCUGAACUGUACAUUGGAGAGUGAAAAUAAGAUGGGUACGACAAACGCGGAUACCGAGACGGGACACCAAAACGACGAGGCGGGCGUGGCGGGAGGCUCGAUCGAGUCCUUUUUCGCCAACGCGGUGAUCCUUGUCACCGGAGCGACUGGCUUCCUGGGCAAAGCGCUGCUCGAGAAGCUGCUAAGAUCCUGUCCUCGGAUCGGCACGAUCUACGUUCUAAUACGCGCGAAGAAAGGACAGUCCGUCGAACAGAGGCACCAGGAGCUUAUGGACAACCCGGUUUUCAACAGAAUACGAUGGGAGUAUCCCGGUAACAUCGGCAAAGUGAUUCCGAUCAAGGGUGACGUCGCAAUGCCGGAUCUCGGUCUCAGCCCCGAAGACAGAGCGAUGCUGAUACAGAGAGUGACGAUAGUUUUCCACAGCGCGGCUACGGUCAGAUUUGACGAGCCCUUAAAAGUAGCCGUCAAUCUCAAUACACGAGGCACCGAGCGAAUGGUAGAGCUCUGCAAGUCCAUUGAGAAUUUAAUCAGCUUCGUCCACGUCAGUACCGCCUACAGUAACGCGGAUCAAAAGCGUAUCCGAGAAGCGGUUUACACCACGAGAAUUCUACCCCAAGCGAUGAUAGAGAUGUGCGAAAACCUCGACGACGAGACGUUGGCGUUCCUGGAGAAGAGGCUAAUCGGCAAGCAUCCCAACACCUACACACUGACGAAAGGACUCGCCGAACAAAUCGUCUCGACGAAGGGUGUCGGCUUGCCCAUAGCUAUAGUCAGACCCAGCAUAGUGUGCGCGGCUUAUCAGGAACCGUUUCCUGGAUGGGUCGACAAUGUCUGCGGAAUCACAGGAAUAAUGAUGGAAAUUGGCCGAGGAACGAUACGGAGUAUCGUUUGCAACGCUGAUCUGAUCGUCGAUGUCGUCCCGGUCGAUCAAGUUGUCAACACCCUGAUAUCAGCAGCUUGGCACAACGUCAUGUGCAGGCCGAAAUCACUUCAGAUCUACAACUGCACAAGUGGAUCGUUAAAUCCGAUCAGGUGGUCGGAAUUUGGAAGUCUGACGAGGAAACACGCCAUCGAUUCCCCCACAAAAUACGUCAUGUGGUAUCCAGGAUUUACCUUCAGGACAAAUAAAUUCAUCCACAAGCUAUUGGUCGGAAUUUUGCACUUUUUGCCAGCGUUUAUAAUCGACCUAGUCCUCAGAUGCCAAGGUGGAAAGCCCAUAAUGAUGAAGAUAACGCGAAGGUUUGAGAAAGCUGCAAAAACCGGUGAAUUUUUUGCUGUAAACGAAUGGUUAUUCGACGCUGAUAAUAUGAAAAAUUUAGUCAAGGACGUAAAAAUGACGAGUGAUGCGAACGAGUUCAACGUCGACAUGACCUACAUUGAUUGGGAUGCCUACGUUCAUCAGUACAUGCUUGGAAUUAGAAAAUACAUAUUAAAAGACAGUCCAGACACCCUAACCAAGGCUAGAAGCCGCCUUUUGAAACUCUACUGGGCUCACAGAAUAACGCAGGCGUUCAGUGCCAUUGUUAUCAUAAAAAUGAUAGCUAGUUUUGGUCGGUGAUGUUUGUGAAACGGAGCACAAAAGGAGA